CAACCAUGCCAUUGCCAAUGAUGUCGUUUUACUCAGUGAUCUCCCAGUCCUCCAACUGCAUUCCCUUUCCACUUCCCAACACUUCACGUUUUCCACGCCGCAACAACCCUCUUCCUUCUCACUCCCCUUUCUCGCUCCACUCUUUGCAUUUACCAUGGGGGAGAAAGUCAACAAGGUCAAGGAUAUGUGCUUCAGUUACAGAUGUCUCGGUGGAUGUAUAUGUAAAGGAAAAACAGCUUCCCAAAGGGGAAACUUGGUCUGUCCACAAGUUUGGUGGAACCUGUGUGGGCAGCUCAUCUAGAAUAAAGAAUGUUGCAGACAUCAUUAUUAAUGAUGAUUCGGAGAGGAAAUUGGUUGUGGUGUCUGCUAUGUCAAAGGUGACUGAUAUGAUGUAUGAUCUUAUCCACAAGGCUCAAUCUCGCGAUGAGUCUUACGUAUCUGCACUGAAUGCUGUUUUAGAGAAGCAUAGCUCAACCGCGCAUGAUCUACUUGGUGGAGAUGAUCUUGCUGCUUUCUUGUCAAAGUUGCAUCAGGACAUCAGUGACCUCAAGGCAAUGCUUCAAGCCAUAUACAUAGCUGGUCAUGCAACAGAAUCCUUUACUGACUUUGUUGUGGGACACGGAGAGUUAUGGUCUGCACAGAUAUUGUCAUUAGUUAUUAAGAAGAAUGGAAUUGACUGCAAAUGGAUGGAUGCGAGGGAAGUCCUUAUUGUAAAUCCUACUCGUUCUGAUCAAGUUGAUCCUGACUACUUGGAAUCUGAACGAAGACUUGAGAAAUGGUACUCUCUGAACCCAUGUAAGGUUAUCAUUGCCACAGGAUUUAUUGCAAGCACACCUCAAAACAUUCCUAUUACUCUCAAGCGAGAUGGAAGUGACUUCUCCGCAGCAAUUAUGGGAGCUCUGUUUAGAGCCCGUCAGGUCACAAUUUGGACAGAUGUUGAUGGUGUGUAUAGCGCAGAUCCUAGAAAAGUUUCUGAUGCUGUGAUUUUGAAGACAUUGUCUUAUCAAGAGGCAUGGGAAAUGUCUUAUUUUGGUGCCAAUGUCUUACAUCCACGCACAAUAGUUCCAGUUAUUCAAUAUUGCAUACCCAUUAUAAUAAGGAAUAUUUUCAACCUCUCUGCUUCUGGAACAAAGAUCUGCCAUCCUUCAAUUAUUCAUGAAGAUAGACAGAUAUUAAAAAAUUAUGUCAAAGGCUUUACAACAAUAGACAACUUGGCACUUGUAAAUGUCGAGGGAACAGGAUUGGCUGGUGUUCCAGGUACAGCCAGCGCAAUUUUUGGUGCAGUAAAAGACGUUGCAGCUAAUGUUAUUAUGAUAUCUCAGGCUAGUAGUGAGCAUUCUGUGUGCUUUGCUGUGCCUGAGAAAGAAGUAAAAGCUGUUGCUGAGGUGUUGCAGUCUGUAUUUCACACGGCUUUGGAUGCUGGCCGUCUUUCUCAGGUUGCAAUCAUUCCAAAUUGUAGUAUUUUGGCAGCUGUCGGCCAGAAAAUGGCAAGUACUCCUGGAGUUAGUGCCACCCUUUUCGAUGCAUUGGCCAAGGCCAACAUAAAUAUCCGUGCUAUUGCACAAGGUUGUUCGGAGUACAACAUUACUGUUGUGGUUCAGCGAGAGGAUUCUAUAAAGGCUCUACGGGCUGUUCAUUCCAGAUUUUAUCUCUCAAAAACCACCAUAGCAAUGGGCCUUAUUGGACCUGGAUUAAUUGGAAGCACGCUACUUGACCAGCUAAGGGAUCAGGCUGCAAUUCUGAAAGAAGAAUUGAACAUUGAUUUGCGUGUAAUGGGCAUCAUGGGUUCGAAGUUGAUGCUCCUCGAUGAUGCGGGCAUCAACUUGGUUAAGUGGAGAGAACUUCGAGAAGAAAAAGGAGAAGUGGCUAAUUUGGAAAAAUUUGUUCAACAUGUGCAUGCAAAUCAUUUUAUACCAAACACUGUGUUAGUGGACUGCACACCUGACUCCAUCAUUGCAACCCAUUACAAUGACUGGCUACGCAAAGGAAUACAUGUAAUCACCCCCAAUAAGAAGGCAAAUUCAGGACCACUUGAUGAGUAUUUGAGGUUAAGAGCUGUUCAGAGGCAAUCAUACACACAUUACUUCUAUGAAGCUACUGUUGGUGCUGGUCUUCCAAUUAUCAGCACUUUACGGGGGCUUCUUGAAACUGGUGACAGAAUAUUGCAAAUUGAAGGCAUAUUCAGUGGCACUUUGAGUUACAUCUUUAAUAACUUCAAAGAUGGCCGGCUUUUUAGUGAGGUAGUAGCUGAAGCAAGGGAAGCAGGUUAUACGGAACCCGAUCCAAGGGAAGAUCUGUCUGGAACUGAUGUUGCCAGAAAGGUGAUAAUUCUUGCAAGGGAAUCAGGUUUGAAGCUAGAGCUUUCUGAUAUUACCGUUGAAAAUCUUGUGCCGGAACCCUUACGAAUUAGUGCAUCAGCUCAAGAGUUUAUGCAACAAUUACCAAAAUUUGACCAAGAAUUAACAAAGAAACAAAAAAAUGCGGAAAGUGCUGAGGAAGUGUUGAGAUACGUGGGAGUGGUGGACGUGACUAAUCAAAAGGGAGUGGUAGAGCUGAGAAAAUACAAGAAGGAUCAUCCAUUUGCACAACUAUCUGAGUCAGAUAAUAUUAUUGCAUUCACAACAAGAAGGUAUAAAAAUCAGCCUCUGAUAGUUCGUGGACCAGGAGCUGGUGCCCAAGUCACAGCUGGUGGAAUAUUUAAUGACAUUUUACGACUUGCCUCAUAUCUUGGUGCUCCAUCAUAAAUGCCAUUUUUUGCAGCGUGAAUGUUGUAGCAUAAGUUCACUCUUCUGCUUCUUGUAACUUGUUAAUGGAGUGAUAUGAAUAAACCAUUAUAAUAAAUAAUUG